UCUGCAUUCAUUGGCUCUCCUUCUGACCCGUCAAACUCUGAGCUGACCAAUAGAAACAUUUGAGAGGUUGGGCCAACAAUUCAACAGCCAAUCAGAGCACGGGCCCUGUUUGUUAAACAUUUACAUAGAGCUGGGGAUAAAUAACCCUGCACGCUAUCUCAAGAUUAUUCAGUUUCAUUUGAGAUUUGAAGCAUCAUCAUGCCUGAGCCAGCAAAGCCCGCGCCCAAGAAGGGCUCAAAGAAAGCCGUCACCAAGAGCGCCGCCAAGAGUGGAAAGAAGCGCAGGAGGUCCAGGAAGGAGAGCUACGCCAUCUACGUGUACAAAGUCCUGAAGCAGGUUCAUCCCGACACCGGCAUUUCUUCAAAGGCGAUGGGCAUCAUGAACUCUUUCGUCAACGACAUCUUUGAGCGCAUCGCCGGUGAGUCUUCUCGUCUCGCUCACUACAACAAGCGCUCCACCAUCACCUCGAGAGAGAUCCAGACCGCCGUGCGUCUCCUGCUGCCCGGUGAACUCGCCAAACACGCCGUGUCUGAGGGAACAAAGGCCGUCACCAAAUACACGAGCUCCAAGUAAAGCUGAAAGUACCCAAUCUGAACCCAAAGGCUCUUUUAAGAGCCACCCACUGUUUCUAGAAAAGAGCUUCCGA